CCGGCAAGGCCGUUGGGCGGGGGCCUGGCUGGUGCUCCGCAGCUGUCUGUGACGCCCGGAGCCCGCGGGCCGCUUCGGCCCCCAGAGAGCCCGGCAUGGUACGCGCGGGCGCCGUGGGGUCGCAUCUCCCUGCGUCCGGCUUGGACAUCUUUGGGGAUCUGAGGAAGAUGAACAAGCGCCAGCUCUAUUACCAGGUCUUAAACUUUGCCAUGAUUGUGUCUUCUGCGCUCAUGAUCUGGAAAGGCCUGAUCGUCCUCACUGGCAGCGAGAGCCCCAUCGUGGUGGUGCUGAGUGGCAGCAUGGAGCCAGCCUUCCACAGGGGCGACCUUCUGUUCCUAACAAAUUUCCGAGAAGACCCGAUUAGAGCUGGUGAAAUCGUUGUUUUUAAAGUCGAAGGCCGAGACAUUCCAAUAGUUCACAGAGUAAUCAAAGUUCAUGAAAAAGAUAAUGGAGACAUCAAAUUUCUGACUAAAGGAGAUAAUAAUGAAGUUGACGAUAGAGGCUUGUACAAAGAAGGCCAGAACUGGCUCGAAAAGAAGGAUGUGGUGGGGAGAGCCAGAGGGUUUUUACCAUAUGUUGGUAUGGUCACCAUAAUAAUGAACGACUAUCCAAAAUUCAAGUACGCUCUUUUGGCUGUAAUGGGUGCAUAUGUGUUACUAAAACGUGAAUCCUAAAAUGAAAGGCAAUUCCUGGGACCAGACAGAAAUAAAUUCUGUUGAAAAAGAGAAAAGCUAAUAUAUUUGAAAUGUUCCACUUUCUGUAUAAAAGGAAACAAUGUGGAGACAUUUUUGUCUUGUUUGAAUAAACGAUUCAUUAGUGAA